AUGUCGCUCCCACUCGGAUCCCUCGAUGGCCUUCUUCACAAGUACAAGGUGGGUUUUGGCGCCUGGCUCCUGGGCACAAUCUUGUCUACUCUGCUCGAAGGCAUGCUCUUACAACAAACCAUUGGCUAUUUCCGCCAUUACUCUUCAGACCCACUGUAUCUCAAGAUCUGGGUCAUCGCCGUGGUCGUCCUGCAAUCUUUCACCGUAGUUGCAGAGAUAGAUGUGUGCUUUUGGACGCUCAUCACCAACGCCUUCAACUUCGGCCUCCUCAACGCUCGCGACCCUUGGUCUGCAGCCAUUGUACCCGUAGUAGGCUCGCUUUGCAACUUGCUUUCUGAGAGCUUCUUUGCUCGCCGUGUCUGGAUCCUCGGCUCGCGGCGUCACAGGGGCGUGGUACUUGCUGCUAUGGCCAUGAAUGUGGCUGCUUGUGGAUGCUACUUCGCUGUCUCAGUAAAAGCGUUCCAAGAGCCUAGUAUCCUCAACGCGCCAAACGCUGGUGGAUUUUUGAACACAGCCGGAUCGGCGCUCAUGAUGGCCGCCGACGCCAUGCUGACUUCGUCACUCAUUUACAUUCUCUAUAAGCAGCGCAUUGAGGGGUCACGUCGCACGAAUUCAAUGAUCGACCUCAUCGUCCUCUACGUCAUCGGCUCUGGUUUCCUUAUCAGCGUGUUCAACGUUGUCGGAAUGAUAUUGUCGAUCACCUCGCUCGACAACAUCAUCUUCGCAGCGUCGAUGCUCGUCGGCCAACAGAUUUAUUCCAACUCGUUCUUGGUCGCCCUCAACACGCGCAGCAUCAUCCGCAGCCGCGGCGAGGCACGGAAGACGGAGCUCGACGCGAGCCACAUGCUCGUGCCCGCCGCUGGUGACGGGGAGAAGAAGGCGGCCCCGAACGGAAACCCUCUAGGCUCGAUGGUCUUCCGACACGGUCCCUCCGACACGCAGGUCGCCAACGACGAGUGGACCGUCACGAGGCUCUCGAUGGUCCCCGCGGGCGAGUCGGACUCGCAGAUCGCACAGGACGAACGGCGGGAGGACUCGUCGGGCUCGGGGACCGUGUGA